ACCAGCGAGGAAGUGGCAGCUUUGUUAACUGGGCUGAACGUUCCUCCUUGGCCAAACCGGACCUCCGUGUACCGGCCGCAGCCCGGCAGCAAAGUCCCGGACACGGUGGACUGGAGGGAGAAGGGAUGCGUCACGGAGGUGAAGAACCAGGGUGCCUGUGGGUCGUGCUGGGCGUUCAGCGCCGUGGGAGCCCUGGAAGCCCAGGUGAAGCUGAAGACGGGGAAGCUGGUGUCCCUGAGCGCCCAGAACCUCGUUGACUGCUCCAUGAUGUACGGCAACAAAGGCUGCAGCGGAGGUUGGAUGACCAGUGCUUUCCAGUACAUCAUCGACAACCAAGGGAUUGACUCGGAUGAAUCCUACCCCUACACGGCUCAGAAUGGGACAUGCCAGUACAACGCUUCCGCGCGAGCCGCCACUUGCUCCAAGUACGUUGAGCUCCCGUACGGCGACGAAGCAGCCCUGAAAGACGCCGUAGCCAACGUCGGCCCGGUCUCCGUCGCCAUUGACGCCACCCAGCCCACCUUCUUCUUGUACAGGUCAGGUGUUUACGACGACCCCCAGUGCACACAGGAGGUGAACCACGGGGUGGUCGUCAUCGGCUACGGCACCCUGAACGAUAAGGAUUACUGGCUGGUGAAAAACAGCUGGGGCGUGCGUUUCGGCGACGAGGGCUACAUCCGCAUGUCGAGAAACCACGGGAACCACUGCGGGAUCGCCAGUUAUGCCUCUUACCCGCUGAUAUAG